CGGCGCUUAGUUUACUCUCGUAUCCAUUAGGCUGCACAGGUGUUUGCCCGCCUCGCGUUGUGGAGAAGCUGUGCAGCAAAUCGCGCCAAACCGAAGCCUUCAGCGCGUGAAUCGUGCGCCGCAGAGUUUGUUGAUGUGAAAAAGAUUCGGUAGCCUCCGAGUGGCGGAUUUUUUUUUCCUCUGCGGAUCUGUGAUUCGAAUGAUUGAUAGUGAUCUUCAUAGUGAAUUAAUCGUUGGUUACAUGUGUGGAGUUUUCAAGUUCAUGUGAAAUUCCAGAGCGUCACAAAUCGGAGCAAUAAAAUUACCAUAUAGUAUAACAAGAUAUUUGACGGCUGAGAAGUGUUGUGCAUCAUGAAUGGUUCGAUGGAUUGCCCGCGGAGACGCGGCUCGAUAAGGCGUCGAGUGACUUCAAAAGCGGUGACAGCUUGCCAUGUGAUAUUAAUUUUGUUCGCUCUGUCGGCAACGAUGUUCGGAGGAGCAAAUGGUCAAAUUACGCGACGAUUUCCAGCGGACUUCCGAUUUGGGGUUGGCUCUUCCGCUUACCAAAUUGAGGGUGGAUGGAACGAGGGUGGCAAAGGCGAAUCCAUCUGGGAUCGAAUGACGCACGAGCAUCCAGAGAAGAUACAGGAUAGAAGCAAUGGAGACAUCACCAGCGAUAGUUAUCAUAACUGGAGACGAGACGUCGAAAUGGUACGGGAGCUUGGCGUCGAUAUUUAUCGGUUUUCACUUUCCUGGCCGCGAAUUUUACCCAGUGGAUUCGUGAAUAGCGUUAACAAAAACGGUAUCCGUUACUACAGUGGACUGAUUGAUGAACUACUUCGGUACAACAUCACUCCUAUGGUUACACUGUACCACUGGGAUCUUCCUCAGCGAUUGCAGGAAUUGGGAGGAUGGACGAAUCCGGCGCUGAUCAGCUAUUUCAAAGACUAUGCGCAGGUUGCGUUCGAACAGUUUGGAGAUCGGGUUCAAAUAUGGACGACAUUUAACGAGCCUUGGCACGUCUGCGAACAGGCGUACGGUAUCGAUUUUAUGGCACCGGCAAUGGACUUCCCUGGAAUCCCCAGUUAUAUGUGCGGACACAAUCUGCUCAAAGCACACGCGGAGGUUGUGCACAUGUACCGAAGGCGAUAUCAACCUAGACAGCAUGGUAGCAUUGGGAUCACGACCGACAUAUCGUAUCCUGAACCGAUGUCCAAUAGCGAUGAAGAUCGUGCCGCCUCGGAAACUAGUCUGCAGUUUUAUGUUGGGUGGUUUGCCCAUCCGAUUUUCUCCGAGAAAGGCGACUACCCACAGGUUAUGAUCGAUCGGGUAGCUGCGCUCAGUAAGCAGCAGGGAUACUCCAAAUCCAGAUUGCCUACUUUUACCCCGGAAGAAAUACAGAUGAUCAAGGGGACUUCGGAUUUCUUCGGCAUCAAUUCGUACACAUCGGUGCUGGUAAGAAAGAACGACAGAAAUAAUACAGUAGGAUUCCCGGUGCCAUCGUUCAAUCACGACAUGGGCGUGGUGGAAUCGUAUGAUCCUAGCUGGCCGACCAGUGGUUCGGAAUGGUUGCAUGUUGUGCCCAAGGGGAUGAAUAAGCUGCUGAAUUGGAUACGCAAGGAGUACAAUAAUCCGCCGAUUUACGUUACGGAAAAUGGAGUAAGCGAUCGCGGUGGCACCAACGAUGUGAAGCGAAUCGAUUUCUUCAACUCCUACCUGGAGGCAGUUCUGGAUGCGAUAGAAGACGGGUGCAACAUUCAGAUGUACGUCGCGUGGAGCUUGAUGGACAGCUACGAGUGGAAGGCUGGAUUUACGGAGAAGUUCGGAUUGUUCCACGUAGACUUCAGCAGUCCAAACCGAACGCGUACGCCAAAGGCAUCGGCCAAAGUAUAUGCCAACAUCGUUAGAACCCAUCGUAUUGAUUGGAGCUACCGGCCAGAAGCUGAUGUCAUAAUUGAGGCAAUUUCCUAUCGAUCACAUAGUAGUAUUAAGGUUCCUGUGAUAUACCUACUGCUUGUAACAUUGAGUAUUGUGCUAAAAGUAGUCUACAGUAGCUAGGAAUAGGAACAAUGUUUGGUGUGCAAUUCUCAACAUUUCGUUGAGGUGUAUGAAUUUUGUGUGUCAUGCGAGUGUAAAUAGUCGUCGUUGGAUGAGCUAGAUCUAGUUAAAAAUAAAGUCAAUUUUAAGAUG